GAUAAUCAGUUUGGAAAUAACUAUGUGUUCCGGCAAAAUGUCUAUGAAAUGGAUUUUGGUUCUUCUGCUGCUACAGCUGAGUUGUCAGUUCAGCCCUGGGGGCUGUGGAAAGGUGCUGGUGUGGCCCACAGAAUAUAGCCAUUGGAUCAAUAUGAAGAUCAUCCUGGAUGAACUUGUUCAGAGAGGUCAUGAAGUGACUGUUCUGACAUCUACAGCUUCAAUUCUUGUUAAUGCUAAUACGCAAUCUUCUAUUAGAUUUGAGAUUUUCCCUACAUCCUUUACAAAAGAUGAUAUGGAAUUUUUUUUCAUUAAGCUAAUUAGUAAAUGGACAAAUGAUCUGCCAAAGAAUACAUUUUGGGCAUAUUUUUCACAAAUUCAAGAAAUGAUUUUGGAAGGUUAUGAAGUUAUUGAAAAGCUCUGUAGAGAUGCUGUUUCUAAUAAGAAACUUAUGACAAAACUACAGCAAGAAAAGUUUGAUGUCAUUCUUGCAGAUGCCAUUGGACACUGUAGUGAACUUCUGGCUGAACUACUUAAAAUACCCCUUGUGUACAGUCUUCGCUUCUUUCCUGGCUAUGCGAUUGAAAAGCAGUGUGGAGGACUUCCAUUCCCUCCAUCCUACGUACCUAUUAUCUUGUCAGAAUUAAGUGAUCAAAUGACGUUCAUGGAAAGGGUGAAAAAUAUGAUGUAUGUGCUUUACUUUGACUUCUGGUUCCAAACAUAUGAUCAGAAGAAGUCAAAUAAGUUCUACAGUGACGUACUAGGAAGACCCACAACUUUAUCUGAGUUGAUGGGGAAAGCUGAAAUGUGGCUCAUUCGAACCUACUGGGAUUUUGAAUUUCCUCGCCCACUCUUACCACAUUUUGAAUUUGUUGGAGGACUCCACUGCAAGCCUGCCAAACCUCUGCCUAAGGAAAUGGAACAGUUUGUCCAGAGCUCUGGAGAAGAUGGUAUUGUGGUGUUUAGCCUGGGGUCAAUGGUCACUAACCUGACUGAAGAAAAGGCCAAUAUGAUUGCCUCAGCCCUGGCCCAGAUUCCUCAAAAGGUUAUAUGGAGAUAUGAAGGCAAAAACCCAGACACAUUAGGGCCAAAUACUCGCCUGUAUAAAUGGAUCCCCCAGAAUGACCUUCUUGGUCAUCCAAAAACCAAAGCUUUUGUAACUCAUGGUGGAGCCAAUGGCAUCUAUGAGGCCAUCUACCACGGGAUCCCAAUGGUGGGCCUCCCUUUGUUUGCGGAUCAACCUGAUAACAUUAUUCGCAUGAAGAAAAAGGGAGCUGCUGUCAGAUUGGACAUCCACACAAUGUCUAGUGCAGAUUUGCUCAAUGCAUUGAAGACAGUCAUCAAUGACCCUUUAUACAAGGAGAAUGCUUUGAAAUUGUCUAGAAUUCAUCACGAGCAGCCAGUGAAGCCCCUGGAUCGAGCUGUCUUCUGGAUCGAGUUUGUCAUGCGCCACAAAGGAGCCAAACACCUGCGGCCAGCCUUCUAUGACCUCAACUGGGUCCAGUACCACUCUUUGGACGUGAUUGGGUUCCUGCUGGCCUGUGUGGCAACUGCUAUUCUUGUCAUCACAAAAUGUGUUCUAUUUUGUUGCUGGAAGUUUGCCAAAACAGGAAAGAAGGGGAAGAGAGAGUAGUGUUUCUGAGCCUGAAGCUGAUCUACCUAACAGAUGGGACCCCUCCAGCUUAUUCCAGCAAGAAGUACUUGCUCCCCCUGGGACAAAAUGACUUUGCACAAUUUGGCUUCACAUUUCAAAAUUGGUUUGCAAGUGAUUUCUACCUGUUUAAGAGUUAUAAAUAUGUCAUCCCAAAGAUAAAAACUGGUAAAUACAAAACAAUAAUACAUCUAUGUGAAUUUCUAUUUAAAUUCUAUUCAUAUUCAAUGUUAAACCAAAAAAAAUAAGCCUAUGUGUGUCUCAAGCAUUACACAAGGACACAAGACUGUACGUAGUCUGUACACAUGUCAAUAGUAUUUUGUAAAUACUCAGAAUAUUUUAACAAUACUUUGGUGCAAAAUUCUGUAGCUUUAUCUUUUGCUAAAGAAACUAUUCAAUAGUUAGAACUGUGUAAAUUGAUUAAAGCUUCCAUUUGAUUUUUGGGA